CCACUGUCCACUGUACCUCGGAAAAAUUCCCAGGCAAAGCUACAAGCAACUUCACCGUCCUCGCUCAAAUGCUUCUUUGUUCCCCGCUUCUACUGCUGUCUAUUUGCCAAGAUCCGCAGCAUGCAUUCCAAGAAGCCUCCGCUCGACCGCGAGCCUCAAUCCGAAAAAGAGAAGGAACCAGAUGUGGUUUCAAACUCUAGAGACGACCAAGAUGAAGACGACGAUCAGGGUUCAAUAGCGACCUCGCACGAUACAGUCUCAAUCCAUUCCAACAAUCAACCUCCAACGCGACCAGAAGCACUUUCAAGAACCACAUCCGUCACUCCGGACGCUAUCAUUGUUGAAUCGAAAUGCAGAAGAGGCCUGCUUGCACGUUGCAGUGUCAUCCCCGAGGUCGUAAAUAGCUACCACUACACCCGCAGAACGAAAUGGUUCAUCACUACCAUCGUGGCUUUCUGCGCCAUGGCCGGCCCAAUGGGAUCCGGUAUCGUCAUGCCAGUCUUGCAGGAUAUCGCCCGCCACUUUGAAGCUUCGGCUACUGUAGCCAACAUGAGCGUCGCCGUCUAUAUGUUGAGCAUGGCCAUUUUCCCUCUGUGGUGGUCUUCGUUUUCCGAGACAGCGGGUAGGAGGACCAUCUACAUAAUUUCAUUUGCCUUGUUCACCCUCUUCGCCGCCCUCUCUGCAGUCUCUACCAACAUCACCAUGUUAAUCGUGAUGCGAACGCUGUCUGGCGGUGCCGCUGCAAGUGUGCAGGCUGUUGGUGCUGGAAGUAUAGCAGAUAUGUGGGAAUCCAAAGAUCGAGGUCGUGCCAUGGGCUUCUUCUAUCUUGGGCCACUAUGCGGUCCGCUGUUUGCGCCUAUCAUCGGCGGCAUCUUGGGCAAGACGCUGGGGUGGAGAAGUACCCAGUGGUUUCUUGUCAUCUACGGUGGACUCACCUUCAUCAUGAUCGUUUUUGCAUUGCCGGAAACUCUCCCCCCAAAAGAGCCCAUCGCACAACUCCAGACCUCCCCUUCUUCUCCCGCACAUGGCGAGCUCACUCGCACAACGACCCAGCAAUCCGCAGUGCAACGCUCCAAGACCAUCCUCCGCACCCUCCGCCGCAUCUUCAUCGAUCCACUCAUCGUCCUAACCUGGCUCCGCUACCCACCCGUCGCCCUAACCGUCUACUAUGCCAGCAUAACCUUCGGUUCCCUCUACUUUCUCAACAUCUCCAUCCAAGCCUCCUUCUCCAUCGCGCCCUACAACUUCUCCACCCUCAUCGUCGGCCUCCUCUAUAUUCCCAGUUCCUUAGGCUACAUCCUCGCUUCCGUCUUCGGCGGCCGCUGGAUCGACCGCAUCAUGACCCGCGAAGCCCGCAAAGCAGGCCGCUACGAUUCCACCGGCAAACUGCAACUCCGCCCAGAAGACCGCAUGAAGGAAAACGCGUGGCUCGCCGCGAUCCUCUGGCCCGGCGCGCUCAUCUGGUACGGCUGGACCGUCCAAUACGGCGUCCACUGGAUCGUACCCAUGAUUGCAAACUUCUUCUUCGGCAUCGGGUCCAUGCUCAUCUUCUCCCUCGCCACCACCAUGCUCACGGAAUUCAUGCCCAAACGCGCAUCGUCCGGCAUCGCCAUCAACAACUUCUUCAGGAAUAUAUGUAGUUUUACCGGCGCGGUCGUUGCGGAGCCUGUGAUUCGCGGGAUCGGGAAUGGCUGGAUUAUGACGAUUCUCGGUGGGUGGAGUCUGGUCAGCGGGGUGCUUGUUAUUUGGAGUAUGGCGAGAUUUGGGCCGCAGUGGAGGGCGAAGAUGGUCGAAGCUCUGGGGUGAUGCUGUGUUGUGUGAUGUUUCUAGUUUUUGCGCAUUUACAUGUGCUUUCAGCUGUACCCUUUUUCAUGAAAUGAUAUAUUCAAUUUGGGAAUGAUUUCUUUCGUGUGCACAUGAUGAUGACGCGCCGUACUGCCACUCAUCUCAUUCUAUCUUUCCUCCCCACAUGUCCUAGUAUCAACACUACUCACCCCUCGUAAACAUCCUCCCUUCCACUCUGAAUUCCUGUCCGUGUGCUUUGACAGUUAAAACAUCAUAGCAGCAGCAACUCACGUCGCAGCCGUUUCCUUGCGACAAAUAUACACCUAAUCAAGUGAAGAAUUUGUCAGGAAACAAAGAUGACCCAAGUUCUGAAUAAAUUGAUCCCGCCGCCAUCUAGGACCUUCAAAAGAUCUAUCGCCAACAUUUAAAUCCUGAGUUAGAAAGCCCCAAGAGUUGGAGAUAAGAUAUAAACGCAGAACCUCGAUUCUCCGCUUUCUCUUCCACCGGCCGCUUUC